AUGGCGGAGGUGGGAGGACAGGCCGAGCCGACCCCAGCAGCGGUCCCAGCGGGGGACCAGGACGUAGCAGAGCCCCACGUCAAAGGCGAUCCCACUGCACCGAGUCUGGAGUCAGCCAGGCGUCCCCGUCUGGAACUGGUCAUCCUGCAGGCUGCAAAAAUCGGUUUCUGUGGUGAGUGCCUUGCGUUCCAUGAUAUUUCACCCCAAGCUCCAACACAUUUCCUAGUGAUUCCUAAGAAGCCAAUUGUCAGGUUAUCUGAAGCGGAAGAUUCUGAUGAAUCUCUUCUUGGGCAUUUAAUGAUUGUUGGCAAGAAGUGUGCUGCUAACCUGGGCCUGACCAAUGGAUUCCGGAUGGUUGUGAAUGAAGGGCCUGAGGGUGGGCAGUCUGUCUAUCACGUACAUCUCCAUGUUCUGGGUGGUCGUCAGUUGGGCUGGCCUCCUGGCUAAGAUUUUUACACCACAAGAGUUAACUGCAUGCAUACAAAUUACCACCAAAUAGAUAUAAUAUGUUGCCCAUCAAUCUAGCCACUGUUAAUGUAUUUUCUUUUUUAAUGUGUGUCUACAAAGGGUAAUAAAUGCUCUGAACAACAUUCGCACAAUAAAGAUUUAGCAUGUGGGAAUCA